GUAUUGCGAAGUAGAGAUCGAGAGCCCAUGACAACAAAGACGUAAAACAGUUGAAUUUCUCAUUGUUUGGUGCAAAUGCAUGAUGACAAUUAUCACCAUGCCAUUGAGAAUGUCACACAAAUGGCCCAAAUCUUGUGGAUUUGAUAUUUUUGGUGAAGGUCCAUCUUAUGUUUUAAGUGUAGCCAAAGGCAGCAUUGCAUUCAGUGCUGGUCUUUCUCCAGGAGAUGAAAUUAUCGAACUCGAUGGGGAAGAUGUCACGAAUGCAUCAGCAACCACCCUGAAGUCCUUGGCCAAACAUAGUAGAUCACAACCCCCUACCUUGGGAGUUAUCACUAGGGUGCAGCUGAUAGAGUUAGUGUCUUCUCGAGUUUCAGGAUGUGGCUUUGAUGUUCAGGGAAAUAAACCUGUCCGAAUAAAAAAUGUGGAAUUAUCGGGUCCAGCUCAUCAAGUGGGAAUUAAACCAGGUGAUGUUCUUUUGGAAAUCAAUGGUUUUGCUGUCAGAAAACAAGAAGACAUUCGACCCUUCUUAAAUGGGAGGUUAAGAAGGCUGUCUAUCAGUGUCAUACCCACAGGGAAGCGGAAAGAGUACAAACAGGUGGUGAAGAAGAAUGUCCAAGCUCAAAAUCCAACGGGGGAGUGGGGGAGAGUGAAAAGGGCCAAGUCGCUACACGAGAGGAUGAAUGAGAUCCUAGGGAGUGACUACGAGAAAAAAAUGGCAGUGGUCAGUGUGUUGAAACAGUAUGCUGAGGACAGAGACGUGGACAUGCUGGCCAGGGCUUUGGCAGCAAUUCUCAAGACCCCCAAGCAGACCAGGAUUAUUCAGCAAAUCAGGCAGUUUAUUCCUCCAAAGCAGAGAUCAAGAUUUGAUGAGUUUCAUAAAUAUCAAAGAACAAAUAUGAUCAAUUUUGAUGAAGAGGCAUCCAAAUUUGAUCAUGCUCAUACGGAGAGAAGAGUGAUCCAAGUAUUUCGGGAAGGUGGUAGUUUUGGUUUUGUGAUCAAGGGCAACAACCCUGUGUGUAUUGAGUCUGUUGACCCUAUGGGAGCAGCUGAUAAAGGAGGACUUCAGGCUGGGGAUGUCAUACUGAAGCUGAAUAACAUCGAUGUCAGGAGGUGUACACAUGCACACUUGGUUCAGUUACUUCAGGACAGUGGGUCAUCCCCAGAGAUUGAGGUUCUGAGAACUCAUCGAGAUGGGGGAAUGAGUUCUUUUAGCAUGUCCACAAUGUCUCUUUCCUCAAUAUCAAGCCAUGCCUCCUCAGAGUGGAUGAAGGCUGAUGGCAAAGAAAUGAUUGACAGCAGUGGAAAUUCCUUUAAAAGCCAUGCUGAGUAUUUGUUGACAUCAAAAGAGAGAUCUCACAUGAGGAAAGCCAUGAUACAGUACGAUACAUCCAGAAACAUUGUGGAUUUUUAUAACAAGAUAUCCUUGAUACUGGACACACAGUCCAAGAAGACUCUGUGGAAAUUUAUCCUCCUCAAGCUGACCCCUCCUCACCAGGAGUACUGUCUGAACAAAAUCAACCUCUCUGAGGAAGUCUUACUAGAGGUAGCAGCACUUCCGAGACACAUCGAAAAAGCAGACGGGAAGAAAAAUUCUAGAACCUUGACACCUAAAUCAAAACCACAGUUGGCAUCAUUCCAGCAGCAGUGUGAUUAUUUGUUAACUUCCAGAGAGAGAACACUUCUAAAGAGAUCUCUGAGAACGUAUGCACAUAACAGGAAUGUGGAGAGUUUAAUUCAGUCCCUAGAGCUGAUUCUAGACACCCCCUCCAAACACACCCUCUGGAUGUAUAUAAUACCUCUACUGAUCACAGAACACCAGAAAUACACCAGAGAGAGGCUCAACAUUCCAACCACAAACAGAAAUUCUUUCAAGUCGGGAAUCUCUAGAAGUCAUUUUGGAUCAACAAAGAGCACUACAUAUGGAAACAAUGAUGAGGAUUUCAAAUAUGUAGGAGCAGCUGCAAGUGCUCUAAAAAGGAGUAAAGGCAGAUCCCACAGGUCCACCUACUCAUCAGAUGAGGAUAUCCGGGAUAGAAGUAUAAGGUCAGGGGUGAGAAAGGCUAGAGGUCGUUUGUGGAAGAAGAUGCAUCCUGGGUACACCUACUCGUCAGAUGACAUUGAUCUUAUUGGCAAACAUGGAUAUGAUUUUGAGAGAAGCAGAGGUGGUUCUGGGAAGGGUUAUGAUGUUGCUUUGAUGAAGGAAUUAGAAGAAACUAGAAAGGCUGUCCAAGAAGCGAAGAAAGCAUUCCAAAGUAACAGAGGAUCAGAAUCAGAAGAAGAUAUCCAUUCAGCCACUAAAUAUGUGACAGUAAUCCCUAUUCCUCAGUUUGAACACACCCCUCUCAGUCAUCAUGAUAGCCCCUUACUGAAUGGACACACCCACUCCAACAGCCUUCCAAAUGGAUUGAAUGAACCCCCUGAAAUCAUUUUCACCAGUGAGUCAGACAGCGAAGUAGACAUUCACCCAAGCAUGACCAAAUCCCUGUUUUCUCUGAAUUCCAAGGAUUCGUUUAACACCAGGGCACUGACUGCCUUAAAGGAACUGGAUGCAGCCAUGGCAGCAGAAGCAUCUGAUCUAGAGUUAGGUCCCCUCGGAAUGAAGAGGAUGGGAGGGAAUGCAUUGCCAACAUCAUCUCAGUCACAAUCCUCCACAAAUGAAGAUACUGACCCCGAUACAGAUCUAGUGGCCAUACCACCACCCCCAGCUCCUCCUCCUCCACCUCCUCCCCCUCCCCCUUCUCUCGUCACAGAUGUGGGCGUGUCGGCUCAUCAGGUCAAUGUUAAACGGAUCAACUGGGAAAAGAUUGACCCAGAUAAAGUGGAAAAUACUGUCUGGGAACAGCUGGGAAAUGAUGACUUGGAUGAUGUCAUUAAGUACCUGGAAUUAGAAAAUCACUUCAGCACCCAAAACAAAAGAACCAGGGUACCUGAGAAAAGAAAUGAAAUUUAUAUACUAAAUCCCAAAAAGGCUUAUAAUAUUUCCAUAUUACUAGGACACCUUAGACUGUCUGUGGAGGACAUGAAACUAGCCCUGUAUGAAAUGGAUGAAGAAAUCCUUACCCCAGAACUUCUUAGACAGCUUGUGGCAUUUGCUCCCAGCAAAACAGAGAUGGAGCACUUUAAUGCUUUUGAUGGUGAGAUGGAUGAACUUAGUAAACCAGACAUAUUUGCAUACGAGAUGAGCAGAGUGCCAGGAUAUGAACAGAGACUAAAGGCAUUACUCUUCAAAGGGAAUUUCAAUGAGAAAAUCACUGAAAUGAAGGAGAACCUUCAAUACAUUAGAAAAGCAUCCAAGGAACUGAGGCACAGCAGAAAAUUAGCCAAGUUACUGGAGCUGAUACUUGCCAUGGGAAAUUACAUGAACAAGGGGAAUCAAAGAGUCGGAGAGGCAUUUGGAUUUAAAAUAUCAUUUUUAUCACAGCUUGAUAUCACGAAGACCAAGGACAACAAGUCCACCUUUAUCCAUGUCCUGGCCGAUGCCGUGGUCACUAGGUUCCCUGAUGUCCUGACUGUGGGGGAGGAUCUCAGCACGGUGAUGGCAGUAGGGAAAGGAAAGCUGGCUUGUAUGUCCAAUAUAAUGUUAAAUCAGGAACUUCAAGAACUCAGAAAAGUAUUACAGGAAAUCUCCAACACACUGGACAAAUUCGGUUCUCAGAAAACCAGGAGUGUGAACGACCGAUUCCAAGACGUGAUGGGCCAUUUUAUCUCGCAAGCAUCUGAUGAAAUUCAGGGUUUGUUUCGUCUUCAAGCCAACACAAUGGAUGAAUUUCAAAGCAUGGUGCAAUAUUUUGGAGAAGACCCUAAGAAAACUACUACAACAGAAAUAUUCGGAAUUUUUGCAGAUUUCAUCACCAAAUUUGAGGCAGCUCACCAUCAGAACAUGAUGUAUAGAAGACGGUGACCAGACUACAUAUGCUCUACAAUCAUCUAGCUUCAUGGACUCAUGCAGACUUGAAAAUACAACAAUAUUUCAAUGGACAUAAUUUGAAAGAGUCAUAUCAUUCCAACUUCACAAUCUGUUCUGUCAUAUUACACACAUUCUAUUUCCUAAUAAAAUACAUGUAUAGUGAAUAAA